GCGAAAUGGAUUCAACCCUUCUUUUCGGACGCAAAUGCCUAUCCUUGCGGUCCUUUAGUACACGCAUCAAUGAUAUUUUUUGGUAGAAGUUUGGUUGACUCUCUUCAGAAAAAAAAAUAUUGUUUGUUUCACCUGCGGCAGCGGCUACAUGACUGAUAUAAUUGUGAGUCGCUUACUUGAUUCUAAAUCUAAACUGGAACGAUGCCGCACAUUGCUGUUCGUGUGUGAAAUUUGCAAGAACUAGUCGUAAGUACUUGUUAUAUUUUACGCAUCUUCGUGUUCGUUAUUGGUACAUCCAGUGAAGAACUGAAAAAUGAAUGAAGUGAAAGCUAAAGCUGCUCGUGCCCAGGAGCUGCGGCGGCGACUUAUGUCCAACAACACUGGUGGUGGGCACGACAGCGCAGGCUCUUCCUCGCACAUAGGGACCGGUGGAGGUGCCAGUGGCUCUUCAGCCUCAUCGACAGCGGCAACCGGUCAAUCAUCUUCAUUCCGUUUUACGCGAAUUGACAACUUUUCAGGAAUUUUUGGUUUCCUGCACCCAGACCAUCCCUGCAAGGUGACGUACGUGCAGAGCAACGGCCAGAGACUAGAUUUUCCCUGUGCCUCAGCCGCGCUUUUCCACGUGCAGUACGGACCGGCUUUUUCUGCAAACCUGUCCCCCGACUGGCAGGAACGGUACGAAGACGAAUAUCCACAUUCGGCUAAGCAAUUGCGCACGGCUGUCGACGCCUUAGAAUCACUCGAAAGCUGGAGCGCGCAGAGGUUAAUGGCGUGCGAAAAGAUAUUACGCGAUAAGUUUCACCGCAGCAAGGAAAUGAGCACAUCGUUAAGGGAGACUGGAGAGCGGCCUCUAGUUUGGGAGAACGACUGCUACGACAUCUUCUGGGGCACAGUGCAGGGCAAAGGGCAAAACCAGCUAGGCCGCCUGCUGCAGAUUGUUCGCGCGACUUUUAGAAAAGAGGGAGGAGGUGCAGAACUCAGCGAGCAGGAUGAGUGGCUCUACAAGUGCGCAGGACUCUCAGACGACAAGAUGGAGCGAACCCAGGUAGUGCUAGACGAGGUGAAAGAGGGCAUAAGCGUUGCUCAACACCACCUCGCGCUGGAUAGGGCGUUGCAUUUUGUGGGUCGACAGCAGGAUAUUUGCCAACUCGUGCCGCAACAUCCGAGUACUUACAUACAGCUUCCACGGAUUUUAUCAUAUUCAUCGACUUUCUCGGACUUUGUUGAAGAUUUCUUUUCUGUGCUGAAGCAAAGAUGAGAAUAAAUCUUAAUAUUAAAGAUGAUCAGUGACAUUCGCUAGAAGUCAACAACACUGUUGCUCAAUAGAGCGCAUAUUAACACUACAAUUAGUACAGGCACAUCACGUCGGCACGCGGCGUUUGCGUAUUGCAGUGGGGGUCUCUUUGGUGUCACUGACCUUGGUUCGAAAGCGGGGACCAAGGUGAACGCGCGUAAACUUGAUCAUGGCGAGCUGUGUGUCCUGAACGAAGGGGAUCGAGUAACUAUCGGCGAGUCCACAAGAUAUUAUCGUGUCCGCUUCGACCGGAGAUCAACGCAAAAACAGUUACAAGCGGAGCGCACGGCGCUGCUCUCGGAUUUGAGCGUUGACGUCGCAACGGGGUUCGCUGACAUCGAGAAGCAAGGUCACGUCCAGCUCUUUGUUGGUGGAUUGUCGUUCGACGUCACGAGAAGCAGACUGCUACAGCUCUUCCGAGAAGAGGUAAAGAAUUCCCUCGUCGUGGAGGUUCGCUUGCCACAGGAGCAUGGCCCCGACGGGGGCAAGAAGGGAGGGGAUGAUCUCAGUACAGCCGAUGCUGGCGCAAGCUUUGACGACCCAAAAGCACAGCGGGGUUUCGGUUUCGUGACCGUCGGCAGCCUAGACGAGGCGAAAAAAGCGUGCUUGGCGCUCGACGGCUACGUAUUGGAGGGUCGCUCUAUUGGAGUGCGCAUAGCAGAAGGGGGUGGCAAAGGCAAGGGAAAAGACAGCAAGAGCAGUAAGGGCGGGAAGCACAAAGAUAGUCAGCACGACAAGCACACCGUAGGCGUAGGCAGAGACAAAAACGGUUCUUUCGGAAAAGAAGAUAUGAAAGGUGCUCCAUAUUCGGCGCUGGACGACCGGAGGCAUACUAGUAGUGAUCAUUAUAGUAAUUAUCCUUCUUCCAGUGGCCAACCCCAGCAGAACAGUCAUUAUGGCCAACAAGGUUAUUAUGAUUCUUCAGUCAGCAACAUGGCACCGCCUCGUCCGAGAGCAGAAACGCAAAAUGCCGCGGUGGCACGACGUUUUGUGGAGCACGCAGUUUCUGGAAACAAUGCCGCUGCUGCAGCUGCAGCGCAACAACGCCAGGAUGCGCCCCUCUCUCGUGGAGAAAACAGCGCUAAAGAACAGGUGGAAGCAAAAUCAACAGCAGCAGCAGCAGUUGAAGCAGCGAAGCGUUCAUCAAGUGCCGAUGUGGCCUACUCAUCAGAGUCAGAAGAAGAAAGUGAACGUAGCAGGUCGCGGAAACGUCGGAAAAAAGAAGAGAAAAAGCUCAAAAAGAAACUCAAGAAAGAGGCGAGAAAAUUGAAGAAAAAACUCAAGAAGGAGAUCAAAAGCAAAAAGAGGGAAAGGAGCAGUAGUGAUGACGAUCAUCGUGAUGAUGCAUCCUCAAAUGGUUCCGACUCUGAAAGCGACUAGUCCAUCCCCAAAGCACAAGAUUGACUAUUCGUAGUUCCCUCACAUUCUCUGACCCAUGUUGCUCCGACUAUUACUUCUGUUUUGUGUGUAAAAAAACUCGCGCUCCACGUUGGUUUUUUAAGCAACCAAAAUUGAUACCGCGUUUAGGAACGAU